AUGGGUCAAGAUCCAGACAAAUCGACGGGAGCAUCCACGGGUUUAGGAGCUUGCCACAUCAGCUCCAAGCUACACGAUGGGACGGGGAGACGUGCCGAUAGAACCCCAGCCAAGACUAUGAGACAGCAAGUAUGGAACUACGGGGCUGCGGUGGGACAUGGAACUAAGGAACUAUGGGGUUGCGGUGGAACAAAUCCAGCCGCGCAGAGAGCGGAUGCUGUACGCACUCCUCUUCUCCAAACCACGCACGACCCAACAGUCGACAUCUUGACCUUUGCUGGAUUGUCGAAGACGGGCGGGCCCAUCGAGGUAUGCAUGGCCGAUCUUCAGCGGUUUGUCCAAGACUCAGACUCCUUUGCUCACACUGGUUAUCGAGGGGCCGAGCAUGGGGCCGAGCCCUGGGCGCCGGGAUUUUAG